AUGUCCACCGGAUGGCUCCGAGGCGUCGUCAAAGCCGUCCCCAGCGGUGAUCAAGUCAUCAUCGCCGCACCGUGCGCGCCAGGGGCCCCGCCCGGCGUCGAAAAAACGCUCACGCUCGCCGGUAUCGUCGCGCCGCGUCUCGGUCGCCGCGACGGGUCGAGCGCGGACGAGGCGUUCGCGCGCGAGUCGAGGGCGUCGCUGCGGCGCGCGCUCGCGGGACGACGCGUGUCGUUUCGCGUCGAGUACGCGGUGGAGUCGAUAAAUCGCGAGUUCGGCGUCGUGUUCACGGAGAGCGGGGAAAACGUGAGCGUGAUGCAAGUGUCUAAGGGGCUGGCCAAGGUGAAGGCGCCCGGGGGGAACGAUCGAGCGGUGGCGAACGCGGAGGAGUUGGAACGACGCGAACUCGAGGCGCGAGAAGCCGAGGCGGGGAUGUGGAGUAAGGAUCCCGCGGUGCUCGCGGCGGCGAGUCAGCGAACGGUCGUGCAGGCGAUGAAAGCGGAGGACGUGCUGGGUGCGUUGCGGAUGAAACCGACGCCCGCGGUGGUGGAUUACGUGCUGAACGGUGGGACGGUGAAGCUUGUGCUGACGGGGGACGGCGCGACGCGCGAUCAGAAUAUCACGUUGUCUAUCGGUGGGAUUUCAGUGCCGUCCGUCGGGCGCAAGGGGGCGAAGAACGAAGAUGGGACAGAUCAAGGUCCAGAGCCGUUCGCGCUCGCGGCGAAGCAUUUCACGGAGAUGGCGCUCCUGCAUCGAGACGUGCGGGUGAUUUUGGAAGGUCUCGAUCGUCGUAAUAAUUUCAUCGGUUCAAUCUUGCCCGCGGACGUGAACGAUACGUCGUUCGUGAACGUCGGCGAAGAGUUGUGUCGGCUAGGUCUCGCGCAAGUGCACGAGGCGAGUGCGGCGGCGUUGAUCGGUGGCGCGGCGACGCUUCGCGCGGCGGAGAAGAUGGCCAAGGAUCAGCAGUUGCGACUUUGGCAUGGAUACGUCCCGCCAAUAUCUUCCUUGAACGCGAUGACGACGAAAGUCUUCGAUGCCAGAGUAGUAGAAGUCAUCAGCGGUGAUUGCAUUUCCGUGGUGCCGACGUCAGGGCCGGAUACGUCUGAGAGACGAAUCAAUCUGUCGUCGAUUCGGGCGCCUAGAAUUUCCAACUCACGAGAUGACAAGUCCAAUCACGAACCUUGGGCGAUAGAGGCAAAAGAGUUUUUGAUCUCGCGUCUGAUCGGGCGCACCGUAUCGAUUAAUAUGGAUUACGCACGCAAGAUUGGAGAAGGUGCGAACGAACGAACGUUGCACUUCGCCACGGUGAAGCUGCCAAACAACAAGACGGGCGGUGACCCGCUCAACGUUUCAGAGAUGCUUCUCAUGCGCGGUUUCGCGUCGUGCAUUCGUCACCGUUCUGAGGAAGAACGUGCGGCAGACUACGAUGAGCUCAUCGCGGCGGAAAAGAAGGGCGUGGAGAGCAAAAAGGGAAUGCACAACAAGAAUCGCGAGGCGCCUGUACACAGGACGAAUGAUUUUAGCAUCAACGCGCAUAAGGCGAAGACGUUUUUGCCGUUUUUGCAACGCGCGGGUAAGUGCGUCGCUAUGGUAGACUACGUCGCCGCUGGACACAAAAUUCGAGUUUCAAUUCCCAAAGAAGGCGCGGUGAUCGCCUUUUGCUUGGCGGGCGUUCGCUGUCCCCAGCGCGACGAGCCGUACGCCGCCGAGGCGUUGGCGUACACGCGUUCUCGAAUUCUUCAGCGAGAGGUGGAAAUCGUGGUAGACUCCGUGGAUAGAACUGGAAUUUUCCUUGGCACCUUAUUUGCGGACAACGGGCGAUUAAAUCUCGGUGAAGAACUCCUUCGAGCCGGAUUAGGAAGCUUGCACCCGGCGUUCCCGGUGGAUCGCGUUCACUACGGUCGCGCGCUCGCGGACAUUGAAGCCGCGGCACGGGAAGUCAAGGCUGGUUUAUGGAAAGACUGGACCCCUCCGAUCGUCGAAGUAGACGGGCCUGAGGAUAGUUCGACCGGCGAACUCGUGCGAGUCGGCGUCACCGAGUGCGUCGCCGGGGGCCGAUUCUUCGUGCAGAAGUUAGAUGGGAGUAAGAUUCAAGAGGUCACGGACAAACUCGCCGAGCUUUACGACGGCGUGGACACGAGCAAGCCGCACGAUGGCGUGUUCGAACCAAAGCCUGGCGAUGCCGUCGCCGCCAAGUUCACCGGAGAUGACAAGUGGGCGAGAGCCAUCGUCACCGCGAAGCGCGUCGGUGAUAAGCCCGUCAGCGUCUUCUACUGCGACUUUGGCAACGUCGAGGACAUCGGUUUCAAUCGUCUUCGACCUUUGAAGGAUCCAACGGUCACCACAGUUGCUAUCCCACCCAUGGCCAACUUCUGCGCGCUUUCCUUCCUCAAGAUUCCUCGCAUCGAUUCCGAUUACGGCUACGCCGCCGCUUCGCACGUCGGCAAACUCAUCUCUGGCCAGGCUUUCCACGCCCGAAUCGACGCCCGCGAUCGUUUCCCCACCACAAAACCAUGGGAAAUCGACGCACAGCCCGCGUUCUCGCUCACAUUAUUCCCCGACGCCAACGCUCGCGCCGCUGAAUCCGUCGCCCUCGACCUCCUUCGCGCCGGCUUUGCGCGCGUCCACCGCCGCGCCGCCGCCCGUCGUCUCGAUCGCGACGUCUUCGACGCCAUGGUCGACGCCCAGGAGUCCGCGCGUCGCGCGAGGGUCGGUCAGUGGGAGUACGGCGACGUCGAUUCCGACGACGACGCGUCUUAG